CUCAGUUCUGCAGUAUACACAAUUGCAGCUAAACCAGAGGAGAGAGAGAGAGGAGGUGGGAACUGGGAAGAAAAAAAUGGCGGCUUUGCUCCGCCACGCCGCGGCGGCGGCGGCGGCCGUGGUCCUCCUCAUCGCGGCGGCCGCCUCCACCGACGGCGCCACCAGCUUCUACGCCUCGGACCCAAACCUCGGAUCCGCCCGCGUCGUCUUCCAGACAACUCAUGGUGACAUUGAGUUUGGCUUCUUUCCUCAUGUUGCUCCUAAGACAGUUGAACACAUUUACAAACUUGUGAGGCUUGGGUGCUACAACACAAAUCACUUUUUCCGGGUUGACAAGGGUUUUGUUGCACAAGUUGCUUCUGUUGUGGGUGGUAGAACUGCCCCCAUGAAUGAUGAGCAGCAAGAGGAAGCAGAGAAAUCGGUUGUUGGUGAAUUUAGUACUGUCAAGCAUGUCAGGGGGAUUCUGUCCAUGGGAAGGCACUCUGAUCCAAACAGUGGUGGUUCUUCCUUUUCCAUCCUUCUUGGAGAUGCACCACACCUUGAUGGACAGUAUGCUGUAUUUGGAAGGCUCACAAAAGGUGAUGAUACAUUAAGAAAACUUGAGCAACUUCCAACUCGUAGAGAAGGCAUAUUUGUAAUGCCUAUUGAGCGUAUCAGCAUUCUGUCAACAUACUAUUAUGAUGUUGAUUUAGAGAGCUGUGAAGCAGAAAAGUCCAUUCUUAGGAGGAGACUUUCUGAAUCAGCAUCAGAAGUUGAGAGAUGGAGAAGAAAGUGCUUUGCAUGAUGCUGGAGUUAUGUUAGCAGAACAGGUUCAAGCUUCUCCCUGACUUGAUUGCUGAGGCCUGAAUAUUGAAAGCAUGGCGAGGGAACCCCUGGAAUGGAAUUUGUAUGUUGUGUGCAUUUAUCCUAGCAAAAUGCUGUAACAGUUCAAUAGAAGUGUGGAUAAUUCUCUCUUCUUUUUUUCUGUUAAUCUUUCCAGCACACUUGGAUCUGUACACAACUACACAUCAUACUGAAUUUGUCAUUGCUUUUACAAAAAAUACAUUGUACUAGUAUCUUAUUUUACGAAAAUAUUGUAUAUUACCAUCUCCAUUUCUGCA